AUUCCCAAAAUGGGAAAGUUGAAUUAUCUUGCUAGAAGGAUCAGUGGCACCAAAGCCGGUCAGGCUGUGUCGAAAGACUUGAAAAAGCGAUUCCCGCCAGGUCUCAGCUCCCGCGCCGCAGCCCGCGACCCGGUCGUCGAGAUCGACGUGACAGGCAAGGCACUGACGGACGAAGGCUUCGCGCAGUUCAUUGACGACCUUCUCGGAUGUCUGAAGUUCAGAGACGAUGAACACCCCAUGGGGCUGGCUCGGGUCGCUGAGUUCCACCUGCAGGGGAACGAGCUGACAAUCGCGAGCCUGCCGAAACUGGGCGAGGUGAUUGCUUUGAGUGCAGGGGAUAUCCGUGAGUUGGAUAUCUCGAACAAUAACAUCCGGGUGCGCACGCCCGCGGACAUUGAGAUCUGGGUGGCGUUUCUCAAGUCCUUCGAAGAUUGCUUCGUGCUGAAGAAGUUGGAUUUGGGAAGUAACCCGUUGGGUCGGAUGGGAGUGGAGCAUCUGGCGCGGGUCUAUCUCAAGAGUGAUCUGAACUUCCUUGAGGAUGAUGCUGAUGCUUUGUUGGGGGGCUGUGGUGAGGAGGGGGAUAACGAGGGGGGCGAGGGUGGUGAGGAGGAUCGUGGUGUUGUUGAGGGGGUCGCGGAAAUGAAGGUCAGUGGAAAUGGCAAGGAGAAUGUGCCGACUCGUCAGAAGAAGUCUCCGAGUAAGGCCAAGGUGGCUAGUACCAGCAAUAACGCCUAUAUUCUUGCUGACCCAGCCGAGUUGAAGAAAUACGCCUGUACUCGGGGCCUUCGUUCGAUUCCUUAUUUCAUCCUGUCAGACGUUGGAAUGUCCAACACAAGUGCUAUCCAUCUACUGAGCAUGCUCAAUGUUCAGAGAACCCCAGAUCACCUUUUGAAUUUUCUUCCUCCUGGUAAAGCAUUGACCCUGCCGGAGAGCGCGCCCCUAUGCAAAAGCAUUAUCUGGCGUCCCUGCCAUGAACUCACGGCUUACACUUUGAGAAUGCUCGAAGUGGCUGAGGCUCUUCGGGAGAACAAAUUUGAUACAGAGUCCGAGACGAACAAUCUGAGUGACGACAUGGAUGGCCAGCCCGAAGUAGACAAGGCUGCACAGAAAAAGGUCCAUGACAAGUUGGAGAUUGAGUACACCCGGCUCUGCAAACGGGUUCGUUUGGAGGCCAUAAAGAAAGACGGUGUCCACAGCAGCACAAUCUGGAGCGUCUCGUUGAAGAUGAUGAUCGUCUCCCGCGCCAUUUUGCUCGAUGACAAAGAUCGUCCUGGACUUGAGGAGCCCCUGGAAGAGACUGAAGCCGAGGAGCCCGAGAACCCGAAUGUGUCUGAUGAACAGGCCGAGGAGCACGAGCCGUCCACCGCCAGACACCACGAUGAGGACAGCUCAUCGGAAGGGCCUUCAUUCCGUCAUAUCGAGGAGAUCCAGCCCAAUGUCAUCCAGCCAGGCCCGUUCCACACGGACCCUGAGGCCUUUUACGCCGAAUUCCCGACUUUGCAGGAGGUGCGUGAAGCCGCCCUGGCCCGCCAGCAGAUGGAGGAAGCCCAGAAGGAAGAAGAGGCUAGGUUGGCAGAAGCCACGGCAGCGGGAAAAAGACGCGACGCCCAGGAGCCCGUCGAACGCAUCUGGCGAUUCGGCCUGCCCACUGAGGCUUGGCGCCGGGUGAUCUCCGAGGCUGUCGGCGCAGACGGCAUCUUGGAUCGCGAGCAGCAGGUGCGUAUCAUGGAAUAUGCCGCCGACUGGAACGCCGUGGAGUACGAACAGACCAUCAAGGGGGCGGAGGACCACCAACAGAUCUGGAAACUGCUCGAGACUCUCAAGUGUUUCACAUACAGCUACUGGUGA